UUCACUUAUUUGAUUGCAAUUUGCAGCAGCCCCGGUUACAGUCGCUCCGGCUUCAGAUGUGUUUGUUGUUUUUUUUUGUAUUUUCUUCAACCGAAAUAGUUUGAAUUUUUUUUGUCACUUUGCAAACGUCUCGCGUGUGGGUUUUUUUUUUUCAUUAACACAUCCGACCAAGCGACGGCCUGGCAGUUGGUGGUGGCUUGUGGCUCUGUUAUCUACACCAGCAGUUGGAAAACAACAAUAAUAAUUAUUUUGUCGACCGGUAAACCGCCGUAGUAAAUGAUUACCGCGUUACCAUCAAUUGCUGUUGACAGACUCGUCUAAAAAAGGGUUUUUAGUUAGUGUUGCCAGAAUGGCGACCGUGGAAAAUGGAGGUGCCGAACCUUCCGGCAACAAGUCGAAAAAAACCGCUGUGGAAGAGAUUUAUCAAAAGAAAUCUCAGCUCGAACACAUAUUGCUUCGACCCGAUACCUAUAUUGGUUCCGUCGAGCCCGUUACUGAAUCUAUGUGGGUGUAUGAUACCGAAGAAAAUGUAAUGGUUCAAAGAGAAAUCACGUAUGUCCCUGGAUUGUACAAGAUAUUUGAUGAAAUAUUAGUCAAUGCUGCCGACAAUAAACAACGUGACUCGUCAAUGGAUACAAUAAAAAUUGAAAUUAAUAAGGAUGACAACAUUAUAUCUGUAUGGAACAAUGGUAAAGGUAUUCCUGUAGUUGAACACAAGGACGAAAAAAUGUAUGUCCCCACGAUGAUAUUUGGACACUUGUUGACUAGUUCAAAUUACAAUGACGAAGAAGCUAAAGUAACUGGUGGUAGAAAUGGAUUUGGCGCUAAACUUUGUAAUAUAUUCAGUAACAAGUUCACUGUAGAGACGGCUAGUCGUGAAUACCACAAAGCUUUCAAACAGACAUGGGCUAAUAAUAUGGCAAAAUCAUCAGACCCAAAUGUCAAAGAAGUCAAAACUAGCGAUUUCACGAAAGUAACAUUUAGUCCGGAUUUGACAAAGUUCAGAAUGACGUGUCUCGACAAAGACAUUGUGGACUUGAUGUCGCGCCGCGCGUACGACGUUGCCGCUUCAACUCGAGGAGUAAAAGUAUAUCUAAACGGAAAAAUGCUGCCCAUUAAAAGUUUCCAAGAUUACGUUAGUUUGUACAUCAAAGGAAAGGAAGACGAAUUGGGAAAUCCUUUGAAAUUGGUCUAUGAAAAUGCAGGCGCACGGUGGGAAGUUGCCGUUACUUUAUCAGACACAGGGUUUAAACAAGUUUCGUUCGUCAACAGUAUUGCUACGACUAAAGGAGGAAGACACGUUGACUACAUUACAGACAUGAUUGUCAAACAACUAAUAGAUAUUGUUAAAAAGCGUAAUAAGGGCGGUAUGGAUUUGAAAAACCACCAAGUAAAAAAUCAUCUUUGGGUGUUCGUCAAUUGUCUUAUUGUAAAUCCUACUUUUGAUUCACAAACCAAAGAGCACAUGACUUUGCAAGUCAAGAGUUUUGGUUCGAGAUGUUCAUUGAGUGAGAAGUUUGUGACUGCUGUGUCAAAAUGUGGCAUCGUUGAAGCUGUUCUUAGCUGGGCUAAAUUUAAAGCUCAGACUCAACUUCAAAAACAGAGUGGUAAAAAGCAAAGCAAGCUCAAGGGUGUACCGAAAUUGGAGGAUGCCAAUGACGCUGGUACUAGAAAUUCGAUAGACUGUACUCUUAUAUUGACUGAGGGAGAUUCGGCUAAAUCUUUGGCCGUGUCCGGCCUCGGUGUUGUUGGUCGCGACAAGUUUGGCGUGUUUCCGCUCAGAGGUAAACUGUUGAACGUGCGAGAGGCUUCUCACAAACAAAUUAUGGAAAACGCUGAAAUCAAUAACAUAGUGAAAAUCGUGGGAUUGCAGUACAAGAAAAAAUACGAAACCAUGGAAGAUCUGAAGACUUUGAGAUACGGAAGGUUAAUGAUUAUGACUGAUCAGGAUCAGGAUGGAUCGCAUAUUAAAGGAUUAAUCAUCAAUUUCAUACAUCACAAUUGGCCAUCGUUAUUGAAAUUGCCGUUUUUGGAAGAAUUCAUUACCCCUAUUGUAAAAGCUACCAAAGGCAAAGAAGAAAUGUCUUUUUAUUCGCUGCCCGAAUUCGAGGAAUGGAAAGAAGCGACAAGAAAUUGGAAUAAGUACAAGAUCAAGUACUACAAGGGGUUGGGUACCUCUACGUCUAAGGAGGCGAAAGAAUAUUUCCAAAACAUGAGGCGGCACAGAAUUUUGUUCAAAUACGACGGUGCACACGACGACGAGCACAUCGAAAUGGCAUUUAGUAAGAAAAUGGUUGAUGCUCGUAAAGAGUGGUUAACCAACUGGAUGGUCGAAAGCAAAAGGCGUAAGGAAGCGGGUUUGUCGGAAGAGUAUUUAUAUGAAAAGAACACCACUACGGUUACCUACAAAGACUUUGUAAACAAAGAACUAGUAUUAUUCAGUAAUAUGGACAACGAAAGGUCUAUCGCUUCAGUAGUUGAUGGUCUGAAGCCGGGUUCUAGAAAAGUGUUGUUCACUUGCCUGAAGAGAAAUGACAAGAGAGAAAUUAAAGUGGCUCAGUUGGCUGGAUCUGUGGCCGAACAUUCUGCCUACCAUCACGGCGAGACGUCUCUGAUGUCCACCAUUGUUAAUUUGGCGCAAAACUACGUCGGAAGUAAUAACCUUAAUUUGCUGCAACCCAUUGGUCAGUUUGGAACCAGACUUCAAGGCGGAAAAGACGCAGCCAGUCCCAGAUAUAUUUUCACACUGUUGAGUCCGUUGACUCGAUUAAUAUUUCAUCCUCACGACGAUCCGUUACUGACAUAUCUUCGAGACGAUAACCAAAGAAUCGAACCUGUUUGGUACAUGCCAAUUAUUCCAAUGGUUUUGGUGAACGGAGCUGAAGGUAUUGGUACUGGUUGGAUGACGAAAAUACCGAAUCAUAACCCGAGAGAAGUGGUUGCCAAUUUAAAACGAAUGAUAAAUGGGGAAGAACCUUUAGCGAUGAAACCGUGGUAUAAAAACUUCAACGGUCUCAUUGAAAAAUUGUCCGAUCAUAAAUUCAUCAGUAGCGGUGAAGUGGGCAUUAUUGGACAUAACAGAGUGGAAAUAACCGAGUUACCAGUCGGCGUUUGGACUCAGAAUUACAAAGAAGGCGUAUUGGAAGCUAUGUUGGCCGAUAGCGAAAAAUCACCAGCGGUUAUUACAGACUACAAAGAAUAUAACACGGAUACAACUAUAAAGUUUGUUGUAACCAUGAACCCGGAAAAGUUGCAAAAAGCUGAAAACGAAGGCAUCCAUAAGUUUUUCAAACUGCAUGCUAGUAUUGGUUUGACUUCAAUGUGUGCUUUUGACAAAGACUGUGUGCUGAAGAGAUACGAUACAACUUUGCAAAUAAUGCGUGAAUUUUACACUGUCAGAGUAGAGUUCUAUGGCAAACGAAAAGCGUAUCUGGAAGGUAUGUUGGGUGCAGAAGCAGCCAAACUUACGAAUCAGGCACGUUUUAUCGUGGAAAAGUGUGAUGGUGACUUGCGGAUUGAAAAUCGUAAGAAGAGCGAAAUGAUUAAAGAAUUGCUCAGGAGAGGUUACAAUAGUGACCCUGUUAAAGCUUGGAAACUAAUCCAAGACCGUCAAUCAGUUAUGGAAGACGAAGCUGCUGCUAGACUAGCUGAAGAAACUGAAGAAGACGAACCAUCAACAGCGAGCACUGCUACUCAGAAGGACGAUGAAGAUUUGGACUUUGAUUAUUUGCUUGGUAUGUCAUUCUGGCAUUUGACCAUGGAGAAAAAGAAUGAUCUCCUGAGGAAAAAAGAUGAAAAGUGUACAGAGUUGGAAAUUUUGAAAAAGAAAACCCCGUCAGAUUUAUGGGUAGAAGAUUUAGACGCUCUCCUUGAAAAGUUGGACGAAGUCGAAGAAAAAGAGAGGCAAGAAGAGUUAGGAGAUGGAAAGACAACAAAAGCAGGGCCUAAAAGUAAAUUAGCACUUGGAGGUAAGAAAAAAUUGCAACUGGCUUCAGAUUCGUUGCCGUCGCCAGCAGCAAGACGUAUAAUCCCUAGAAUUGACGAGGAAAUGUUGAAGAAGGAGGAAAAACUAAUAGCGGCAAAAGAAAACAAAGGAAAACGUGCUGAAAAGAAGAAAAAAGGUGAAGUUGAAAUUGGCGAAGAUGGAGAAGUAAUUAAAAAAGAAGUGAAAGAAAAGAAAGAAAGAGUUCCUAAGAAGAAAACCGAUGGUUUAAAACAAACCAAAUUGAAAUUUGAUAAAAAAGAUGACGACGAUGGUGAUUUGUCAGAUUCUCCGCCACCUCCGCCAAGGACAGUUUCUAAACGACAAGCAGCUGCAAAUGUAUCUUUCAAGUUUGAUGAUCUAAGCGGUGAGGACGAUGAUCUCGAAGAAAAGGUUGACGGCGAUGAUAACUUUAAAGCUUCUCCGAUGCGAGAAAUAUAUUCUGAUGCAGUUAUAUCGGAUGAUGACGACGAUGACGAGUUUAUUCCAAAAAAGAAAAAGGAAUCUCCCAAAAAGGCAGCUGCUAAAAGAGAACCGGCUGCGAAAAAAGCACCGGUCAAAAAGAACGGGGCGGCGGCAGCUCAAAGAGAUUCUGGCCAACCGGCGGCCAAACCACCAGCUAAAAGGGCUCCGGCUAAAAAGAAGCCAGUAAUUGAAAUCAGUGACAAUGAUUCUGAUGUACCGGUUUCAAAACCGGAAAAAAAACCAAGAGCCGCUGCUUUGAAACCCAAACGCAAAUACAGUUCUUCAGAUUCUGACGAUGUGUUCAAAUCGCCAACUAACGCUAGUAGCAAACCUCAAAAGUCUUUUGAUGAUUUAUUUGCGGAUACUAAUUCUAAAAAAGUGGCUGUGUCUGACGACGACGACGAUGAUUUUGUUAUGUCUGCAGAAUCGGAUGACGAUUUUAUGCCAACAUCAACGAAAAAGAAGGCGGCGCCGGCUAGUACCAAAAAACCGCCGGCGAAAAAAGCAAAAGCAAAAUAUGCAUUUACUUCUGAAGACUCUGAUUAGUUCUUUUUUUGAUUUAUGCAAAUUAUCAAUCCAGAAACCUCGUUAUUUAUUAAUUUAUUCUUAACUGUUUUUUUUUUAUACUCUUAACUAAAUUUUAAUAUCUUGAUAUAAUGAAUGUUUUUGGUUAAUAGUGAAUCUUAAAAAUGGCAGUCGGUUAUUAUUAUUUUUAUUUUUUUUUUUAAUGUACAAUUUUUUUUUUUAUUCUCAUCAAUGUGUAAUUUUGAUGUAUAAUUUAAUAACGAUAAGCUCGCCGUUUCCAGGUGAUUAGUUCAUUACGAUAUUAAUAUUCAGUUGUAUCUUACCACUUUCGAUGUUUCACGCUGUAAACACUAUGUGGAGAGUGAUUUAGAUGUAUUAACUUUGUUCUUAUAGAUUUUAAGUUUUCGACAAACUUUACCUGUAGUAUUGCUCUAGCUAUAGAGUUAUGUUUCGUUUUUUUUUUAUUAAAUUUUAAUAUUAAGAAUCAUAAACAUUU